CUAUGCAUUUACCUUCUUCAUCAAGUAAUUCCCAAUAAUUAUUCAUUAACUGAAAUGGCUGCAACUAAGUCAUUCUCAGCUCUUUUUCUCCAAUUAAUAUUUCUAUUAUUCGUCGUAAACUCUGCAAAUGCGCAACUGAAAGUCGGGUUUUACUCGAAGACAUGCCCUCGAGCUGAAGCCAUUGUUAAGGAGGUUAUUGAUCAAGUUAUGUACGUAGCUCCUUCACUUGCUGGUCCAUUGAUGCGUAUGCAUUUUCACGACUGCUUCGUUAGGGGUUGCGAUGGAUCAGUGUUGUUGAAUGCUACUAAAAGUAGUCAGCAAGUUGAAAAAGAUGCACUCCCAAAUCUUAGUCUCCGAGGUUACCAAAUUAUCGACAGGGUGAAGUCUGCCCUAGAGAAAGAAUGUCCUCGAGUUGUUUCAUGUGCAGACAUUGUAGCUAUUGUCGCUAGAGAUGUCACUGUCGCGAGCAAGGGACCAAACUGGGAAGUUGAAACUGGACGAAGAGAUGGACGGGUGUCAAUCGGAGCAGAAACCCUAACAAAUCUUAUAGCUCCAAAUGUAAAUAUUACUACAUUAAUUACAAGAUUUCAAGCUAAGGGUUUGAACCUUAAAGACCUCGUGGUGCUAUCCGGCGGGCACACCAUCGGUACUUCUCACUGCUCUUCAUUCAACUCCCGGCUUUACAACUUCACCGGAAAGGGCGACGUUGAUCCGACAUUGGAUUCAGAAUAUGUAAAAAGAUUAAAAGUGAAAUGCAGACCAGGAGAUCAAAAUUCGCUAGUAGAAAUGGACCCCGGCAGCUUCAAGACAUUUGAUAAUAGCUAUUUCACACUUUUGACAAAAAGAAGGGGUCUUUUCGAAUCUGAUGCAGCUCUUCUUGACAAUAGUGUUACUAAGGAGUACAUUAAAGCCCAGGCCACCGGAAAAGGUUCGAGUUUCUUCGAAGACUUUGGUGUUUCCAUGGUGAAAAUGGGUCGGGUUGAUGUUCUUACCGGUAAAAAAGGCGAAAUCAGAAAGGUUUGCAGCAAGAUUAAUUAGUUUUGAGUGAAAAAAUAAUUACAAGAUGAUUGUGUUUCUUUGUUCUUUUUUAUUUGUAUUAUUUUUUCAUUGAGUAUUUACUAGGAAGGUUUAUUUCGAGGUUAUUUUUAAGUUCUUUAAUUUGCAAAUUAUUGGUUGCGGAAUAAAAUGUGUAUGCACACCAAGUUGUUACUCAUAAUAAAUUGUAAUUUACAUGUUACAUGAUAUUAAUGAGAUAAAAUAUCUGGCUUGAAUUA